AUGACCUACCUUAUAUCCAUUACUGGUAAUACUGUAUUCAUUUCCUCGCUCAAUGUACUCACCGCGCGAGCUUCCACUCCGGCCGCUGCCAUACUGGAGUGCUUCCAGGUAUCGCCGCCAGUUGAAACACCUGUGGAUGCCUUAUGUACGCAGGUAUUGAUGGUACACUCAUUUGCCAAUAGCUAUGGUAACCCAUUCCUUGGCGAUUAUGUACCACCGCUAUGUGACUUCAACCGUGUCACCUUCAACUUCACUGUGACCUCCGCUGGGAGGCAAUUCGACCGGCUUGGACUAAUGUAUCUCAACGAUACGGAGAUUUGGCGACUGUCCACUGCGGAGCCAACAUCGACCGGCAUCGAGUGGACAUAUUUGAAAGACAUGAGCCACGUUUUAGCGCUCUUCAAAGAGCCUCAGAGGAUCAUCUUUGAUCUCGGAAAUCUCAUCAAUGAUGUCUAUACUGCACCAUUCAACACCACACUUACGGCCAUGUUUUUCAAGGAGAGUUCACCUUUGCAGGCUGCAGACCUCAUCAUACCUGUUUCCGCUCGUCAGGGGGCUGUAGACAAACCAAGCGCUUUCAUUGUGCCAGACGCCGUAGCUACUAAUGACUUAAUGCUCCCACAGAACGUCAGACGAGCUGUGUUCUCCAUAUCUGCGUGCGGUCAAGCAGCCGAAGAGUUCUGGUGGUCUAACGUUCUCUCUUCUGAUACAGCGACUUUCAACGGCACGACGCUCAACGGAUACUCCCCAUUCCGAGAAGUACAGCUGCUCAUCGAUGGUAUUAUAGCGGGCAUUACUUGGCCGUUCCCGGUUAUAUUUACCGGUGGUGUCGUUCCAGGCCUCUGGAGACCGAUUGUAGGCAUCGAUGCAUUCGACUUGAUUGAAGAUGGGAUCGACAUCACGCCGUUCCUGCCAUUGCUUUGCGACGGUGGCAAGCAUAGAUUCGAGAUCCGAGUGGCAGGCAUAAGCGAUGACGGGAAAGGAAAUGCGCGCUUGACUGAGACAGUUGCGUCGAAUUGGGUCGUGACUGGAAAGAUUUUCAUUUGGUCUGACGAAGAUGGUUACGUUACAUCUGGGACUGGCCCAAUCAUCCAAUCUCCACCAGCACUCAUAGCUCUAGCCUCAAAAGUUGGCCAAGCGACCAACGGCACGAAUUCAACGCUUGACUACCACGUAAACGUAGACCGCUCUCUUGACAUAAGCGCGACGAUCCAAACUUCAAGUGGAACGUACGGCGCGACGUGGUCUCAAAGGGUCACAUAUUCUAACGUUGGCAACUUCAGCAAUUCAGGCAACGACCAGUUGAACAUGCAGAAGACCAAUGGGAUGGCCGCCUCAAAUAUCGAGCGCCUGUCUCCAUACUCUAGUUCGUUCAGCUACCCGAUUAUGGUCGCGUCUCGCUACAUGUCGUUCCCAGACAGCGACAAUUUCACUCUUCAGGCCACCAUGGACCGCGGCAAAGAUGUGAAAUCAUCUGGUGCACUUUGGUUUCUUCUCGACGAAUCAUACGGUCACAGCAAUCUGCAAAGCGAAAGUACCCUAAGCACUCACCAGAACGGCACUGCUACCUACUACUCGAUACCGGCCGAGUCAAGAGCCGCAGGUUUUGGAAGUACAGAGCAAAAGCUAGUGUAUUUUGACGAUAUUAGCGGUUAUUCCCGCCAUGUCCGCGCCGAUAACUCGACAAUCACAUUUGACGACGAGACUAUUCAGGGACAGGCUCGAGAAAAGAGCUGGUCUGCGAUAACUGCCGGAGCUGAGGAUGAAUACGUGAAGAUGACUAUCAAGGAUAUGGUUGGACGAGGGCCUAUAGGCUUAGGUGAUGAAGUGUAG